CGCGUAGCAAGUGUAAGCGGCUCUGGCUCUGCUUCUUCUUACAAGAGUUCCGCCUGUAAUCUCCUCUAAUUCGGUUUUAUUUUUUCGCAAUUUACGCUACAUCAAGUGACAAGCUAUUGAAAAAUUAAUUGCCCAAUUGAAAUUGAAAGGCAAAAAAAAGCAUCCAUUAGGAAGAGCUUAAAACUUUGCCUAAAAGUGCUGUGGUGGAAAAGUAUCGAUUUGUGUGAAAAUUGCAGGCUGCUGCAGAUUGGCGAAAGAAAAGGCGAAGAAAGUUUUCUGGAAAUGUGAAGACACAACAAAUCGCAACAAUGGAAAACUUAAACUUUGCACGCACGCCGCAAUUUCUGCGCAAAGUUAUCUCCGAGGCGCGCAGAUCGUUUAUAAACAGCGACCCAUUUGCCGCCUCCGCCGCAAGGGGACGUUCGGAAACCGAGGAGGAGGCAUCAUCCGAGAUGGAGCUCGCCCACACUUUGACCCUUAACGAGGAGGCACUCAAGCAGUUGCCGGAGCACAAGCGACCGGUAUUUGAGCUGGAAUGGCUGCGCUACUUGGAGAAGGCGCUGCCACUGGCGUCCAAGCCGGACAUCAAGGCCAGCCAGAAGAAGCUGGUGCAGCAGCUCUCGGAAAGAAUUCAGGGGGCUCCAGGUCCGCCCAUUCGCAAGCUCAUCGCCAGCGCCUUGGCCACACUAUUCUCCGUCGGCGACACCUUCAUGCUCUUCGACACCGUCAAUGCCUGCAACGAUAUCCUGAAGAACAAGGACGACUCGCCCAGCUACCUGCCCACUAAGCUUGCCGCCAUUUGCGUCCUGGGCUCAAUGUACGAAAAGCUAGGUCGGAUGAUGGGCCGCACGUACGAGGACACGGUCCAGAUCCUCAUUCGCACCCUGCGCAACGCGGAGUCGCAGGCGCGGAUCGAGAUAAUGCACACGCUGGAGAAGGUGAGCGCUGGCAUGGGCACCGCCAUCGCCAACGUGCACAAGGACAUCUACAAGGCGGCCAAGCACUGUCUCUUGGAUCGCGUGAUGGCCGUUCGCGUGGCCGCCGCCCGCUGCAUCCUCAAGAUGAUCUACAGUGCACCGUUCCUCUACCAGACCGAGCUGGAGAGUCUGGGAACACUGUGCUUCCGUGCCUUCGAUGGGAGCAACUACGAAGUUCGAUGUGCGGUGGCUCAGCUGCUGGGCACUCUGUUGGCCUACACCCAACAACUGGCGGAGGCGGCGACGGGCAAAAAGAAGCAGGGCCAGGCGGUCGCCAUACAGGCGGCCAAGGGAGCUACUCAGCGUCUGGUUUCCCUGGAUGAAGCGCUGGGCAUCCUGAUGUCGGGCUUCCUGCGCGGCGGCGCCUCUUUUCUCAAGGGCACCGGCGAGAUCAUCAAGGGCAGCUCGGGAGUCAACAGAGAAGUGCGAGUGGGCGUGACCCAUGCCUAUGUGGUAUUUGUGCAAUUCAUGGGCAGCGUUUGGCUGGAGCGACAGUUGAGCACCUUCCUGGCACAUGUCCUCGAUCUGGUGGCCAAUCCCAAGGCCGCCUGUUCCCACGUGGAUGCGGUGUACUCGCGCAAGUGCAUCAACUUCAUACUCCGAUCGACGAUUGGCAAGAUGCUGGGCGAAAAGGCGCAGAGUGCUGCCUGUAAGGAGCUCGUCCACCUGGUGGCCAAACAAAUGAAUUCCAUUGACUUUAACCCCGAAAACGCCAAGGACUCGAAUCAAGAAACUCUGUUCAGUCAGCACUUAUUGGUCUGCGCCCUGCAGGAGCUGAGUUCCCUGCUCAUCGGACUGGGAACCACGGCCCAGAACUUGCUGGGCGAUCAAUCCCUGCAAGCCAUCGACGCCACCUGCGCCGUUUUGGUUCAUCCCUGUGCCGCCGCUCGCUUGGCUGCCGCUUGGUGUCUGCGUUGCGCUUGUGUGGCGGUGCCAGGACAGAUAACGCCACUGAUCGAUCGCUUUGUGGAGGCCAUCGAGCAGAUGCGAUCCUCGCCAGAGGCAAUCGCCGGUUAUAGCUGCGCCCUGGCGGCCAUUUUGGGAAGCGUUCGGUACUCGCCGUUGGGCAUUCCCCACACAAAGGGCAAGGUCGUGUUCAACUGCGCGGAGGAGCUGCUGCGAUCUGCUUCCCAGAAUAGCCGCAUGUCGCUGCAUCGCACGCAGGCCGGAUGGCUGUUGAUCGGGGCCAUUAUGACCUUGGGAUCGCCGGUGGUCAAGGGCUUGCUGCCGCGAAUGCUGUUGCUGUGGCGCAACUCGUUUCCGCGAUCCAACAAGGAGCUGGAGUCGGAGAAGGCGCGAGGCGAUGCUUUCACCUGGCAGGUGACGCUGGAGGGCAGGGCUGGAGCUCUCUCUGUGAUGCAUAGUUUCCUGUUGAACUGCCCGGAUCUGCUCAAUGAGGAUAUAACAAAAAGGUUGCUUACGCCCAUCGAGAGCGCCCUGGCCAUGCUGGUCAAUUUGGCUUCUGUCUUGAAGAGCUAUGGCACCCAGCUAAAGGCUCCGGCAGCCAUGGUGCGACUACGUCUGUUCGAGACCCUCACUCUGCUGCCUGCGAAUGCCCUGGAAGCCUCCUAUACUCAUCUCCUUCGAAUGCUCGUCUCGGAAUUCACCCUUUCAGAUAACGCAGCCAACACCACUAACUCUCUGCUGCGAACGCUCUGUCAUGGCGACGAUUCCAUCAUUCUGGGAACCUGGCUGCAGGAAACUAACCAUCGCACCAUCGAGGAUCAGAUGGAGCCCAAUCGCAAAGUCGAUGGCGAGCAUCUGCAACCCAAUAGCGCCGCGGGAUCUGGCGCCCUGGAGCAUGAUCCGUGCUGCCUGUACCGUCCCAGUUGGUCCGCCCAAGGCGCUGGCGGAGCAGCUACGUCCUCUGGCAGCAACGGAACCAACAACAUCCAGCUGAUCAGCAAGGCGCAGCAGUGUCCAGGACCUCUGCCACUGGGAGUGGCGGUCAUCGAUAUGGCAGUGACUCUCUAUGGAACCAUCUUCCCCAAGGUGGCCAACAAGCAUAGGCUGCAGAUGCUGGAGCACUUUGCCGAAUGCAUCCGCCAGGCGAAGAGCAGUCGUCAGGAAGCCGUCCAGAUGAACAUAUUUACGGCUCUGCUUUGUGCGCUGAAGAAUCUGACCGAUAGCAAGACCAGUUUGGGCCAGGAGGAUGUUAGAAAGAGUGCCACGGCAUUGGUAGUUGCUUCGUUGACAAGUGCCAAUUCCACCAUAAGAUGUGCGGCUGGAGAGGCUCUGGGAAGAUUGGCCCAGGUGGUGGGAGAUUCACAUUUCACCGCGGAGUUGGCUCAAAAUAGUUUUGAUAAACUGAAAUCGGCCAGGGAUGUCGUCACAAGAACGGGUCAUUCGCACGCCCUGGGAUGCCUGCAUCGCUAUGUGGGUGGCAUGGGCUCGUCGCAGCAUCUGAGCACCAGUGUAUCCAUCCUGCUGGCCCUGGGCCAGGAUAGUGCAUCGCCCGUGGUGCAGGCUUGGUCGCUCUACGCCUUGGGGCAGAUUGCAGACUCUGGAGGACCGAUGUUCCGUGGCUAUGUGGAGGCCACGCUGACGCUGUGCUUGAAACUCCUCCUCACCGUUCCGCAUGCCCAUGUGGAUGUGCAUCAGUGUGUGGGACGCGUGGUGAAUGCUUUGAUCACCACCGUGGGACCGGAGUUGCAAGGAGGAGGUGGACCGGUGGCCAGUAUGAGGGGAUCCUUCCUCUGCUCAGCGGCCCUGCUUCAAGCACACGCCGAUCCGCUAGUGCAAGCCGAGGCCAUUGGUUGCCUGCAGCAGCUGCAUCUCUUUGCCAGUAAAUCCCUGCAGUUGGAGGAGCUGGUGCCCACGUUGGUUGGAAUGCUGGCCUGUAACUACUUCAUACUGCGCAAGGCUUCCGUUUCCUGUCUGCGGCAGUUGGCCCAUCGCGAGGCCAAGGAAGUGUGUGACCUAGCACUGAACAUUAAUGCCGAACAACUUCCAGACUUGGUGAUUACCGAGUACGGACUUCCAGGAUUGCUCUUCUCACUUCUGGACACCGAAACGGAUGCCGAGAUGCUGAGGAACAUUCACGAUACACUCACUUCAAUGCUGCAAAUGCUGGCUGCAGAUAAUCUGAGCUCCUGGUUGAGUCUCUGCAAGAAUGUGUUAACCGUGGCGGUGGAAGGAGGACUCAACGAUGAUCCCGCAGGCGCAGAGCAAGGCAAAAGCAAGGAUGCUGCGGGAGAAGAUGAGGAAGAGGACGAGGAGGAGGAGUAUGCGGAUGAUGUAACCGAAUACCGGGCGGAGGAGAACACUUCCACCCACCCGGCAGUGCAGCCGAGGUGGCCGACUCGUGUUUUUGCCGCCCAAUGCGUCCGGCGGAUCAUCGCCAGCUGCGAGGCAGCCAGCUCCGUGCACUUUGAUCUUCUGCAGGCCAAGGAACAGCAACUGAUUCGCUCCCGCGGCGACUAUCUCAUUCUACAUUUGGCCGAGCUUAUUCGAAUGUCCUUCAUGGCCGCCACCUCGGAUUCGGAUCAACUGCGGCUAGAAGGCUUGCGCACUUUGCAGGAGAUCAUCGAUCGAUUUGCCAACGUUCCGGAACCAGAGUUCCCUGGUCAUCUCCUCUUGGAGCAGUUCCAGGCUCAGGUGGGCGCGGCAUUGCGUCCCGCUUUUGCGCAGGAUACGCCCUCCCAUGUGACCGCUGCAGCUUGCGAGGUUUGCUCAGCAUGGAUUGGCUCAGGAGUGGCUCGGGAUAUCGGGGAUCUGAGGAGAGUUCACCAGCUGCUGGUGAGUUCCCUCAGCAAGCUCUCCUCGAAAACCAACAGCACUCAGUUGUACAACGAAUCCAUGGCCACGUUGGAGAAGUUGAGCAUCCUUAAGGCCUGGGCGGAAGUUUACAUUGUGGCCAUGUUGGGGAAUGGAAAGGCUCCAGCUUCCCUUCUGAAUCUCCAGUCGCAACAGUCAGGCCUGCAAUCCCUGACCAAUUUGGAAACGGAUCAGGAUGUUCCAGACAGCCGGGGAGAGAGUCUUUUGGGAUUAGUGCAACCAGAGCUCCACAAUCUAUCCACUCACUGGUUGAGCGCGAUGAAGGAUCAUGCCUUGCUGCUCCUGCCGGCGGAAUUUCAGUCACAACUCCCUCACGAUGGAGGCGCCUUCUACACCACGGACACCAUUAACUCUUCGAAACCACAUUAUAUGACCAGUUGGCCUCCAAUUCUCUACGCCUCUGCCCUGUGGUUAAGGGACGAGGGCUUUGCCCGCCAUCAAGAUACAAGUGAAUCGGCUGCUGAGUCGAAUAAUAACCAAAUCACCCACGGUUCUCUGUCCGCGGAUCGCUUCCACAUGAUCUUUGGCAUCUGCAUGGAGGCGCUUUGCAGCAUGAGAAGUUCUGAGAGACCCAGGAACAUUGUGAGUUGCCUGCGGUCGCUGCACAGCAUCUUCGAUUCGGAUUGGGCCAGGAGGCAGCUGGUCAAAGAUCGAGCCCUAACCAUUGAACUCUGUCACGUGCUGCACCGUCAGAUCCUGACGAGAGAUGAGUUGCUGGUGCAGCUGCUGUGCGUGGAAAUUCUGAAGCAAACUAUCCGCGCGGCAAGGGAAGAUUUGGAGAGGAAGCGUGACGAUAAUGCAAAUUCCGAGGACGGAAAGGGCGGAGAGCGGCUGGGUGAAGAUGACUCUAUGCAGCCUGGCAAUUCCCAUGUCUACGCCGUCCUGGAGGUUUGUCUUUGCCUAUUUGUCCGCCAAAUACCCACCAUGAAUCCCACGAGACAGGGAGCUGGUGGCUCCGGCCUGCAGCUGGACUUUGCCUAUGCCAAAAUGGCCACCGGCUCCUCCUUCUUCUCGGUGCUGGGCGAUGACAACGGCCUGCUGGUGGCCAGCGGACUGCAGUGCGUCGAACAGUUGUUGGAUCUGUGCACUCCCAAAGGUGCCCUAGCAAUCCUGCCCACCGUCCUGUACAUGACUACCAGUAUAGUUAAGGAAAUAGCCAACAAGUCGGCCAUAGAUAGUACUAUUCUGGCAAAUACAAGUGCUGUGAAGUCUGCCCUGCAGUGCUUGCGAUCCGUUUGCGUCCAUAAGUGGGCCAAAGUGGAGGAAACAUCCGAGGAAUGGCAGCAGUUGCUACAGAGUGCUUUGGCUACUAUUGUGGAUCUUACGAAGACGGCUGGAGAUAACGAGGAGAGGAGAGUCGACGAGGUCACCAUGCUUCUGGCCAUCACUGUCUUCAUCCUGCACACUCCAGCCUCCGUGGUGGCCACGCCAUCGCUGCAAUAUCCCUGCAUCAAUCACUUCCGGCAGUGCCUGCAGUCGGAGCACCUGUCCGUAAAGCUGCGCUGCAUCGAAACCACGCGAUCCAUCUUCGCGCGGGCGGAACUUAAGACAGCCACUCCCUACAUCCACGCCCUUGCGCCUAGGAUGAUCGAGUCGUUGUACGCGGAGUCCAGCAAGGUGCCCACCAGCGAGCUGGAGCUGCAAGUCACCCUGGAGAGCAUUGUCACCGUGGAGCAGCUCAUCGACUUGUCGGAGCCACAGCAUCGAAACAUGAACUUGCUACAAGACAUUCAAAUGCUGACCCUGUUGGUUCCUGUGCUCAUUGGAUUCCUGGCCGAGCCCAGUCGACUCCGGACGCUGCCCAAGUACCAAAGGCAGCUGCACGACCAGGCGCUGCAGUGGCUACUCAAGAUCGGUCCCAAAUAUCCGCAGGAGUUCAAGGCCCUGAUGGGACAAACACCUGAGCUGCGACAAAAACUAGAAGCAGCCAUUCGCAGUCAACAGCAGUCGAUUAAUAUAGCGCAAAAGGCCACCGAGGCGCAGAGGAACCUGCUGGCCAAGCCACAGAAGCCCACGAUCAAGCUAAAGACAGAUUUCAGUAACUUCCAAUGAGUUGAUCCACUGGGAAAUCGAACAAAAAUAGUCCACAACCUGCUAGUGCUAUCGUAAAAAUGCUUUGCAAUGAAUUGUUACCGCAUGUACAAUGGGAUGGAUCGGUUCUUUUGACAUUGAAUGUGAGACCUUUGACAUCUGAUGUAAAGGUUUAAUUUUAAAACGGCUCUUAUUUGGCAAAACAGCUUUUAGAAAAUCAGUCAAGGAAGUUCCGUUUCA